CUAAGCAUCAAAAAGAGUUAAAUGAUUUUCUGUAUAAUACUUCAAAAUCUAAAAUAGUUGUUCAAGAUAAAAAUAAAUCUACUAGAAGCUUACUAAAAGAAUCAAAGUAUAGAAAUGAAUUAGUUGAACUAAAUUUAUCUGGUGGUAAUUUUUCUAAUAGAUUUUUUGAAGAUAAUACAGUAGCUGAUCUGAAUAAAACAGAAUUAGAGAAAUUGAAUUUAGAUGAUGAGGUUUUAACAGAUAUUAGUAAAGAAUCAAGCAAUUCUGAUUAUGAUAAUGCUCUUAAAG